AUGCCUGCCACAUCCAAACCCACUGAAAGCGAGCACGCCCGUCUGCAAAAUGACUACGGCGCAGACUACUGGGUUCGGAAUUCCGCUCAACAGCAUCGCCGCGCAACGGCCGGACGAGGCCUCUUUGCUGGGCUACAAGAUGUGAAGCACUACAACGUCGACCACGGCUGGGCUCAACGCAAGUCCGAUGCUGCGCAGCCUGGCAUUCUCGGGUCCAUUUGGAGUCGACUCACUGGACUCUGA